AUGGGGUGUGGAUUGACCCCUUGGCAAACCAACAGCACCCUACAUUACAUGGACCUGCACCACGUCCCCGCUGCCCGGGAGAAGGGCUGGUACCUGGCACUGAUGGCACCCAACACCAAAGGUCCCCAAUACGCGUGGCUGGACCCAUCCCGGCUCUACUGCCAUCCGCAAGGUUUGCAGGACUGCGUGGCUGACCUGCUGCAACCCUUCCAGGGAGAUCCCAUAGACCUGGUGGCCGGCAUCGAUGCCAUGGGCUUCAUUCUGGGUGCUGCUGUGGCUGCUAAGCUGCAUAAAGGCUUCUUGGCCAUCCGCAAAGCCGGGCAUCUCUGUGUGGAGACACUGACAGAGCCCUACACUGACUAUUCGGGUCGGGAGAAGGUGAUGGAGAUGAGAACUGACACCAUAACACCGGGUUUGCGCAUCCUGCUGGUGGAUCAGUGGGUGGAAACGGGGGGCACCAUGAGAGCUGCCAUCCGGCUGGUGGAGAGCCAGGGGGGGGUCGUGGCAGGUGUCGCAGCCAUCUGCAUUGAGGACAGCGAGGGAGGAAGGUGGAUUCGGGAGCACUACAAGUGUGCCCACUGCGUGCCCCCCCGCCUGCAGCCCCGCUUCGACAGCCACCAGAUGGGAUGGGAAUGAGGGCUGGCAGCACAAGGCACAGCUCUCCAUCCUGCCCACCAACCCAACGCCCUUUUAAAAAGCAUAAAAAAACCAUUUUAUUACAA